GUCGAAUUUGAACAACAAGACGAGGAAUGCCCGAUUUUGGAAGGCGGUCCAUUGCUGGAAGUGGCCGAAAAGAUUUGCGAAUUCUGUCAUGAGAUCACCAGCCACGAAAAGCCGAAUAUGCGAUCAGAAUGCAGGUCGUCAUGCUUCUCUAGCGACACCUUUCGGACAUGCGUGAACAUCUUCUCCAAUCCUCCUACACAACAACGACGACAUACACGAUCACGUCACCGAAUACGCCACGUCUUA